AUGUUGUUGUCCACAGAUGCUCUGAUGAAAUGGCAUGAGUACGACUAGGAUGGAGCGGGCCGGCCGGCGCAGCAAGGCCGGCUCGCUGAGCGGUCUGUCCGGCGGCUUGGGCAGCACGCCGGGCGCGGGCGUGCGCCGCCAACGCUCGCUGGAGUGGAGCGGCGACCGCUACAGCAGCAGCGACGAUGACCGCCCGCCGCAGCCGCCGCCUCUCGCCGAUAGAGUCUUCGCUUCGCUUCUUGCUCAAGCCACGCAGCAGUUCGAUAAUGAGCAGCGUCGUAUUUACGGGUCGGAGUGUGGCGAGGAGCCGCCGCGCUACGUCAGCAGCCCGCAGCGGCAAGCCUCGCCGUUCCCGCUCGAGAGCACCGCCCGGAGAUUCUGCCGGAGGAACAGGAACUCCAAAGGUGAAGAGCUGUUCGCGGCGGAUGCCAGCGGGACGCUGUCGAGGCGAGGGCGCCGCUCCGAGGACUUUGCUCACGACAACAACGCGAGACACCGAAUUGAUAACGGUACGACGCUGCAGAUGUGGCCCGUUAACGGUUACUCUUCACUGAAAGGGUCUUACCUCGUACAUUGUCUACCAAUAUUGGAGAUUGUAACGGACUGCUUGCAUAAGAUGAGGGAGGAAGUGGCGCGAGGCUUCGUGUUGCUGAGGACUGCGAAGGUGUCACCUUCCUCCAUGAACUAA